GAACUCUGGGUUCCGUGUGGCUCUUGUUGUUACGGCCGGGUGAGAGGCGGAGGGGAGGGUAACACGGCCGGUACAGGAAUCCAUGCGGUGACUUGUGCUUGCAGGGGCCCGAACCCUCCCCUCAGUGACCUGUUUUGUUUACUAUCGGCACGUGAGCCCCCAGAAGGCGGAGCCGAAAGGCUCUGAGGGACCCGCGCAAGGAUGCUGGGAGGCAUGCAGCAACACCACAGAAAAGCACUGCAGCGGCUGCGAGUAUCCCUGGCUAGUGAAAUGAUCAUCGAGGAACUGCUGGAUCAUCUUGUGUCCAGUGAAAUUCUGACUAACAAUAUGCACAGCAACAUCAUGGCAUAUCGCAGUGAUUAUGCACAAAAUGUCGCCUUAUUGAACCUACUUCCUAAAAGGGGUCCACGUGCUUUUUCAGCAUUCUGCAAUGCUCUGCACUCUACGAACCAGGAACAUUUAGCUCAACAAGUAGAGAAGGAGGCGCUGCUCCAGGAGGAGUUUAUUACGUCGAAAGUGCAUCACGGCAGCUUCCCUUUACCUGUCCAGGAGAGCACACUCAGUAGGCCCGGGAGACAGAUCUGCAGAGAGUACAGGGAAGAGUCUAUUGAUGAUGGAGAUGGUCCAGUCACAGUACAGCUAUGCAGCGUCAACUUCUACAUUACUCACUGUCAGCAGGCCUACAAAAUGCAUUCCUGCCCUCGUGGCCGAGCCCUCCUCAUCAGCAACGUCAAAUUUGAGACACCAGAUCUCGAUUACCGAUGUGGCGGGGAAGUCGAUUUGGCCUCUCUGGAAAAGUUAUUCAGCAGUUUGGGCUAUCAAGUGGAUGUCAGAUGCAACCUUAAUGCACAGAGCAUGAUGUCACAACUACGUGCUUUCUCUGCACUGCCAGUUCAUAGUUCUCUGGAUUCCUGUGUCGUUGCAAUUCUUUCCCAUGGGCUCGAUGGUGCGGUCUAUGGGACGGAUGGGAAACUUGUCCAGCUGCAGGAGGUAUUCACAGCGCUGGAUAAUGCUCACUGCCCGCAGCUGCAGAACAAGCCCAAGAUGUUUUUCUUUCAGGCCUGCCGUGGAGAGGAGACUGACCGGGGCGUGGAUCAGCGCGAUGGGAGAGAGCAGUCGGGGUCACCAGGUUGUGAGCAGAGUGAUGCUGGCAGGGAGGACAUAAAAGUCCGGCUCCCCACACAGUCAGACAUGAUCUGUGCCUAUGCCUGUCUGAAAGGCACCGUGUCUUUGCGCAACACCAAGAGAGGUUCCUGGUUUGUGCAGGAUCUUGUUUCUGUGUUCUCCCAGCAUUCCAAAGACACUCAUGUAGCCGACAUGUUGGUCAAGGUGAAUGCACUAAUAAAGGAGCGCGAGGGACACGCUCCAGGCACUGAAUUCCACCGCUGCAAAGAGAUGUCAGAAUAUUGCAGCACAUUGUGCCGUGACCUGUAUCUUUUUCCGGGCAGCCCAAGCAACGGGCUCCCCAAGUGAUCCCCCAUAUCAUUUACGCCCGGGAACCAGCCACUUCUUUUGUACAUUUGCUUUUUUUUUAAUGUGAUAUAAGUGGUUAAUUUUUACAGAAGACCUAAAUGUUUUUUUUUUGCCAGUCUUCCAUAUUUGUAAUAAUUGUACUUUUUUAAAUCUCUUACCAUUUCUGGUGUUAAAAGACAUUUGCACAGAUGUCUUUCCAUUCCAAAGACUGUAUAUUGGACCAUAUUAUACGUAAGAUAAAGCCACUGCCUGAGAUCCGUUAAGCCAAAACCCAGCAGAGUGUAUAUUGUUAUUCUGAGAUCACUUCAGCCCAAAGCCAGCCACCUGUAAUCUGCUAUUCCAAGAUCCCUUCAGCCCAAAGUAAGGGGGUGUAUUCUGUUAUUCCUCAAAGCCAGAGGUGUGUAUUCACUCAUCCAGAGGAGUGUGUUCUGCUAUUCCAAGAUCCUUUCUGAUCAAGCCACUGGUUUUUCUGUUAAUCCAGAAUCCUGUCAGUCAGCUGUAUGUAUUCUAUUAUACCAGGUAUGUAACAUUUCCUAUGGCAGUGUAACACUUAAGGUGCUAGACCCUGGACUUUCGGGACACGCCUAUAUUUUCUGGACACCCCUACGUUUCUCCGUGUAUUGUAACUGACGUCCUGCCAGUAUCAAGAUUUUGCUGCACUUUGUCUCUCUGUCUCAGGUCUGUCUGGUUAUCUGUCACUGCCACGUACUAUAAGUUUUAUACUGGGCCAAACACCCUGUCGUAGCACUGCGGGACAUCUUACUCCAGAGUCUCUCGCCUUUAUAACUUGCAAGGCCAGCACUUCAAUAAACCUCUAUUUUCUUUUA